CCCCUUCUUCUUCUUCCUUCUCUUCCGUCUUCCCGCCUGAUCUGCUUCCCUCACUUCCCCUCCCUCCCUCUCUCUCUCUCUCUCUCUUCCUACUGCAGACGGACCCUCUCUCUCGCGCGCUGUGUCUGAUGGAGAUGGUCAUGGAAGGUUCAAUCUCGCGCCUCCAGUGCAUGGCUGUCGAGUUCUCCGCCGAUGCCCGACGCGCCCGACCGACGGCCGGAGUUUGGAUACCGGGGACCUUACGAAUAUGUAAUAUCACGCCCUUCUGAGUGUCUCCCGUCUAGGUACUCGUUUGAAUUUUCUGCUCUCUUUCGUCUGUCUCUGUUCUCGGGCCUUCCAGUUCACUAGAAUUCAAGCCGUGCCCCUAGGGUUUCACUGAGUUUCCCACAAUUCACGGGGCAUCUUGGCCGCCGGCCUUCUCAUUGGUGGUUUCCCGCUUCGAAUUGCAGUGAAAUGAGAUUUGGCUGUCCCCUAGGGUUUUGCAUGGUUCCGUACGGUGCUCUGGUUUUCAUGGCGUGAAGGGGGCCGUCGAGUCUGACCCUGUUGUUACUGUAGCGUUAGUUUUGUUUGGGAAGCUGGAGGGAAGCUUGACUUUGAAUUUGACAUUUUGGCGGGAAAAUUCGGAUGGAAAAGAAAGAAUUAGGGUUUCCUAGAUCUGAUAAACUGAGUUUAAGGGAACAAGCGGCUCGAACGGUUCUUCGCAAUGUGAGAGCGCAAGGGCACCCAUAUGUCGACCUCCGGGAGGAUAAGAAGAGGUUUAUCUACUUCUGUACUCUAUGUCUUGCCCCCUGUUAUAAUGAUGGUGUACUGUUUGAUCACUUGAAUGGACAUCUUCACAAUGAGAGGUUGGCUGCUGCUAAGCUUACACUGUUAAAACCAAAUCCGUGGCCUUUUAAUGAUGGUAUUCUGUUCUUUGAUAAUUCCAAGGAGGACGAUAAGCUGUUGGGGACAAAAGAGGACAGCCCUAGGCUGUUGGAGUUCCCGAGCAGUGAAAGUCUUGCCAUAGUUGAAUAUGGGGAUGAGACCCAACAGUUAAGCCAUCAGCAUGAUGCAGCUGACGCUGGUUUGGAUGACUGUGGAGAGAGCUGUAAUUUCUUGAUACCAAAUGUGCUGAUAAAGGCCGAGAUGUCUGAUUUAAUGGUGAGGUAUGUUGGCGUUGGAAAAAUAGCUGCAAGGUUUAUGGAGAAAGAUCAAGCAUCGAGUAGUAUUAGUAGAAUAUGGUGCGAAUGGUUGGGGAAGCAGUCUCUUGAUGAUGAUGCAGUUGAGGUCCCGAAGCAUGACUUUGCCAUCAUUGUUUUAGCUUACAAUUAUGAAUUGGGCCGUAGAGGGCUUUUUGAUGAAGUUAAGUCAUUGCUUACUUCUAGCCUCGUGGCGGACUCGGAGAACGGGGAUGAAGCAAACAAGAAAAGAAAGAAAUGCUUUUCUGACCCUGAGGAUGAAAGCGUGUCUCUCAGUCAUCAGUAUGACUCAUCUGGGGAGGAGUCUGCCGCUUCCAGUGUUUCAUCUUCAAAAUUGCUGCUGGAUAGGUGUGACGAUCAAGUUCUGCAUACUAGAAUUAUCUCGAGCAAGACUAUAAGACGAGAAUUAAGGCGGCAGCAGCGUAUAGCAGCAGAAAGAAUGUGCGACAUCUGCCAACAGAAGAUGCUUCCAGGAAAGGAUGUGGCGACACUCUUGAACUUGAAGACUGGGAGGCUAGCAUGCAGCAGUCGUAAUUCUAAUGGGGCAUUUCAUGUCUAUCACACUUCCUGCCUUAUCCACUGGAUACUUCUCUGUGAGUUCGAAAUAGCAAGAAGUCCCCCCCCAGCUCCACAAACAAAAGGGAGAUCUAGGAAGAAGAAUGGAGGUAAGAUCAGUAAGGUGAAAAAAGAUGGUGAUGGUGAAGAGGGCACUGUAGUGUCAAGAUUCAAUUCCGUGUUCUGCCCUGAAUGCCAAGGCACUGGCAUCAGCGUUGAUGUAGAUAGUAGGGAGCGCGACAAAGUCUCUCUUUCUCAGAUGUUCAACUUUAAGCUCAAGGUAAGUGAUGCACGAAAAGCAUGGAUAAAAAGCCCCGAGGCACUGGAGAAUUGCUCGAUCGGGUUCCAUUUUCCAGAAAAUUCAGAGGAAAAGGUUCAGGAAAAAGUCUUGCCUCUAAAGCUGCUUAACUUCUAUGGCGCUAUUGAUCGUGGCUGUCCCAAUGGUUCCUUGGAGCCGUGCAAGUGAUUUGGGACUCUUCUAGUAAGAGAUGGAAGUUCUCUAGGAUUCAACUAUCCAUAACCGAAGGGUAACGUAGCUUUGAUUGCUUACAGUGAGAGUAGAACUUUGUAUGGUGAUUGUGGCGGAAUCCCCCUCAAAUUGCUUCUCAAUAAAGAUAAACCAUUUGUACAACUGUAAGUUUCAUCCGACCGAAAUUUCAUAGCUGUCAAUACAUGACUUCUAGGCAAUAGUUGAAGCUAUCCUGGAUGAUAUAUUGAAUAGAGAGUAUUUCAGGAACAUGGUGUUGCUUUUGCAUUGGUCAUUUUCACAUCAUGUCUUGUAUCUAUCUAGUGAAGUUUUAAUAGCCUGGGACAAAGUCGUCCGGACCCGCCCCCUAGGAGUUGUUUGGGACAAAUUUUGGCUUACUUUGCCCAUCCAAUUUCUUGUAUUCGUACUAUGAUGGUUCCGAGCCCAGGACAAAGCUGUCCCGCCUCCCAGAAGAUUUUCGAUGCGGAUCAUGUCUUGUUCUGUGAAUUUUGUCAUCUUUUAUAUAUUCGUCUUCUUUGUGAA